GUGGUAACGUUUCAAGCGUUCUCUGCCUUUAGCAACACGAAGAAGAAAAGCUCCGCGUCUCUGAAGCAGCUCAUUUUCUUUCCGUUUCUGUACGUGAAGGUCCAACAAGAGAUUGCGGACAAUGUCGCUACCCAAGCCGGUGCUGAGAGGUCUUCUGGCAAAACGGCUGCGCUUUCACCUGCCCAUUGCUUUUGGGCUGUCCAUCCUGGUAGCCGUCGCCUUCAAGUACACUGUGACGGAACCUCGCAAGAAAGCAUACGCAGACUUCUACAAACAGUAUGAUGCUGUUAAGGAGUUCAACGCCAUGCGGGAAGCCGGAGUCUUCCAUAGCGUGCGGCCCAUCGGAGAGCAGCCCGCUGAAGAGUAAAACCCGUUCCGUUUCCUGCCGCUCAUUCCCGCUGUGAAGAUGUUAUUGCACCAAUAUUUGGAUGAUAUCUACGUCAAAUAAAUGUUCAUGGAGACA